AGCACAACAUAAGAUAUAAGCAACCACUGUGCUCCAACCAGACUUGUCCUCAAGCCGUACUGCAUACGGUUUCCUCUGUGACAGCUGGGACCGGUGAACCGCUUGUUGGACAGGCUUCUUACGUGGAUUGUUCCGUAUGAUACCUCUUCGCUAUUGUACCGACAACUGACGGCAGAGCUUGGCGGGAAACCUUCAUGCCUGGGUCUCCACCUAUCGAAAUUGACGAUGACAACGACGAAGAGGGCGCAGGGCGCCCUCAAAGUGCCGCAGCUAACGAGCAGAACGGUGCCGCUCCUGUUAUGGGAAGCGAAUGCAUGAUUUGCCUUGAACCAUACGAGCCUGAUGGGGAACACAAGCUUGCAGUCCUAGCAUGCGGCCAUCACGCAGGCAAACCAUGCUUACAACGCUGGAUUCGAGACAGAAAAUGCUGCCCCACCUGUCGCAAAAGGGCCAAGGCAAGUCACAUCAUUGUAAUUUACAACCCGCCUACGGUGGUCGUCAAGGAGGGCGCGGCAGCAAUGGAGGCAACUAAGGGCGCCGCAGCUCCUGGAGGGGACCCGCAAAGGGAGGAGAUGCUGCAAGCGGUUCAGCGCGCGUACAGCAAGGCGCAGCAGGAGGCUCUGAAGCAGGCCGCUGCCAAGGAGCAGUCCGAGCGGGAGGCCCGCAGGCAGGCUGAGGCGGCUGAGAGGUCGGAGCGGGAGGCCAAGAGGCUGAGGCUGGAGCUGCAGGAAGCGCAGCGGCAGAUGGCGGCACUGCAGCAGCAACAGCAGCAGACUGUACAGCAGCAGCAGCAGCACCUGCAGUACCCCUAUCCGCAUGGUGGUGGUGGGAACGCUCCUUGGCAUGCCUCCCAGCAACAGACGCAGCAGCAGCAGCAGCAGCAGCAGCAGCAGCACAACCCCCAACGCAGCAUGCAGCAGCAGCAGCAGCCCCCCAUGCAGCCCACACAUGUCAGCGGCGUGCUGCUGCCUCCGCUGGCCACAGGAG